AGUCUAGGCAGCGACUCUGAGACGAAACGCACAACCUUUCCUCACCUUACCCACCUCAUCACUUCCUACAUUAUCCUCGCAUUAUCAUCGCCGUUUCAAUCCCUUCACGUUUAUAGAUGAUGCUGCCAUCUAAGCACUUUCUAACUCUCCUUGGAACUAAAAAAAUAAAAAUGAAUCGUCUAAUAGAUGGCAAAACUUGUACUAAAAUAGAUAUACAUUGGAUGAGCGACAAAGACAGUAAUAGGUGGUUAGUACCAUCAUUUCACCGCUACGUGACACUAGUAUUUCAAUAUCCUAGUAUUCAACAUGGAUUGACCAAAUUUUCAUCCGCAAAAAAUAGAUGUAGACGUAAUGGCAGUGUAAUCGCAACUUCGGAAGCUGAACAAUCGCGUGAUAUAAUGUACAUAGGAACUUUGCAUUGCACGAUUCCCCCUGUUUACAUCAUUAACUCGAUGAUACACCGGAGAAGGAGUUAUCAUUGGCGGUAGUGAAAUUGAUGACCGAAUUCUUUUCAACGUUGGAAAACUAUCGUUCUUCGCGAUAAUGCUCAUUACUCUUUGUCGUCGCCGUUCAUUGCGAAGUAAAUUCGAAUGAAAUUAGCUUGAAAUAUUAAUAUUUAUAAAUGUAUAAGUAUUCGCAUUCAUAAAUACAAGUACUUGUACAUAGGUGUUUGU